UUCGCACUGAAGUGAUGCGACCGGCUGACGGAACGGCCUCAGGAGCCGCCUUGCCGGCUCUAAACGCAGCGUGAGGGGGAGCUCCGUGCCCAGCAGCACGGCCCGCAAAGUUUGCCCUGGGAGGAGGAGGUGGCUUUUUGGCAACGUGCAGUUUCCUACUGCCCCACUCUUUGAAUGACAGAAGAGUCCUGUGCCAUCUGUAUCCUUGGCCGCCUUGUUCCCCUUCCACUGGAGAAGAGUGAGGCAGGGGACUGAUGAAGUAGCACCAGCAGCAGGUUGUGGAAGAUGCUGUGGCUGCUGGUAGCUUUCCAGGUCCUGCUGUUGCUGGAGACAGUGCUAUGGAGCACAGGCACAAAGAUGUGCCCUUCAUCAGAGUGUGAGUGCUCAGAGUGGGACCACUACAAAAUCACCUGCAGGGAGACACAUCUCAUUCCCAGCUUUCCACAGGACACCAGAACCCUGAGGUUUAUGGAGACUCAUCUGAGAACAAUUCCAAGUGGAGCAUUUUCUAAUCUCCCCAACAUCUCCAGGAUCUAUAUCUCCAUAGAUGCUACGUUACAAAGGCUGGAGGCCCAUUCCUUCUACAAUUUAAGUAAAGUCACUCAUAUAGAAGUUCGCAAUGCUAGAAGUCUACAUUACAUAGAUCCAGAUGCCUUUAAAAUCCUCCCACUGUUAAAAUACCUUGGAAUUUUCAACACUGGAAUUAUGAUAUUUCCUGACCUCACCAAAAUCUAUUCAGCUGAUGUGAACUUUUUACUUGAAAUUGCAGAUAAUCCUUAUGUGACUUCAGUGCCUGCAAAUGCGUUCCGUGGGCUAUGUAAUGAAUCCCUUACACUCAAACUCUACAAUAAUGGCUUCACUAGGGUCCAAGACUAUGCUUUCAAUGGGACGAAGCUGGAUGCUGUCUACCUGCACAAGAACAAAUACCUGAAAGUUAUUGAAGAAGAUGCAUUUUUGGGAGUGAACAGUGGACCAACUCUGCUUGAUGUUUCCCGGACCAGUGUUGCUACCCUUCCAACAAAAGGACUGGAAAACCUUAAAGAACUGAUGGCUAAAAAUACAUGGACAUUGAAGAAACUACCUCCCGUAAAGACUUUUCUUCAUCUAAUGCGAGCUGACCUGUCCUAUCCAAGCCACUGCUGUGCUUUCAAGAACUGGAAGAAAACCAAAGGAAUUCUGGAAUACAUGAUGUGUAACCAGACCAGCAGUCACAGCUUUCGUAAGAAAAGAUCCGUCAGUACCUUCAGUGGCCCUUUUUACCAAGACUAUGCAGAAGAGGAUGUAGACCGCACUGACACCGUGUAUGCUGAAAACUCUAAAUUCAGGGAUUUUCAUGGCAACUCCCACUACUACGUUUUUUUUGAAGAGCAGGGGGAUGGAGAUGUUGGGUUUGGCCAAGAGCUCAAGAACCCUCAAGAGAACAACAUCCAAGGGUUUGACAGCCAUUACGACUACACAGUCUGUGGUGGCAGUGAAGACAUUGUGUGCACUCCAGAGCCUGAUGAGUUUAAUCCCUGUGAAGACAUAAUGGGCUAUAAAUUUCUAAGGAUUGUGGUAUGGUUUGUGAACCUGCUGGCUAUCCUGGGUAACGUUUUUGUCCUCUUCAUCCUUCUCACCAGUCAUUACAAGUUGACUGUCCCGCGGUUUCUGAUGUGCAACCUGGCUUUUGCUGAUUUCUGCAUGGGACUGUACCUUCUCCUGAUUGCUUCGGUGGAUCUCUACACUAGGUCAGAAUACUACAACCAUGCCAUAGACUGGCAGACUGGGCCUGGCUGCAACACAGCUGGCUUUUUCACUGUCUUUGCCUGUGAGCUUUCUGUAUACACACUGACUGUGAUCACCCUGGAGCGCUGGUAUGCCAUCACCUUUGCUAUGCGCCUGGACAGGAAGCUUCGCCUUCGGCAUGCUUUGAUCAUCAUGCUGGGUGGUUGGCUCUCAUGCUUUCUUCUCGCCCUCUUGCCACUAGUUGGAGUCAGCAGCUACAUCAAAGUCAGUAUCUGCCUUCCCAUGGAUACCGAAACACCGUUGGCUCAAGCCUACAUUUUCUUUGUUUUAAUGCUGAACAUCAUUGCCUUUAUCAUCAUCUGCGCUUGCUACAUAAAAAUCUAUAUAACUGUGCGAAACCCUGAGUACAAGUCCGGAGACAAAGACACCAAAAUUGCUAAAAGGAUGGCUAUGUUGAUUUUCACUGACUUCCUAUGCAUGGCACCUAUCUCAUUCUAUGCUUUGUCUGCCAUCAUGAACAAGCCCUUGAUAACAGUCAGUAAUUCCAAGAUCCUGCUAGUGCUGUUCUACCCACUCAAUUCUUGUGCCAACCCAUUCCUCUAUGCUAUUUUCACCAAGGCUUUCCGAAGGGAUGUCUUCAUCCUGCUCAGCAAAUUUGGCAUAUGUGAACAUCAGGCUCAAAUCUACCGUGGCCAGACAGUCUCAGCCAAAAACAGCAGUGGUUCUUAUGGCCAGAAAGGCUGCCGAGGGACAGGUCAGGACUACCAUGACCCUCAUGAUUACUAUCACCCUGCAAUUGCGAUGCAAGAGCAAAUUGUUGUGCAAGACUGCACACUGACUGUGUAAUAGCACCUGAAAGCAUCACAACUGCAGUGUGAUCAAUCAGAUGGGAAUUUAGUAUUCCAAAAAUAAAAAAUCCAGUGAUAAGAUACAAUUUUUCCUAGCUGUUUUUGAGGAACAUUGGUAGUGAUUUGAGUGAGCUAUUCACUUGAAUCUCCAAUCUUAUACCACUGUCAGUGUAAGAAAGAGGGUGCCAGUUAUGAUGACAAUACUGGAAGCAUGAAUGAAAACUCAAUAUAAAUCAGAAAGUGAACAUAUAUAUAUGAAAUGUUAGACAUGCAUUCUUCUCUAAUUGUCUAACGGGAAAGGGAGACAGCAUAAAUUUAGGGGAUACUUAUACAAAUAAAAUAGAAUCUUUAGAUUUAUAAUUAAACUGGAGUUAAUAAAAAAUAAAGUUUAGAGAAUGAAUUUUUCAACUCUAGGUCAGAUUGGUCAGGCUGACUUGCUUGCUUUUUUUCUUUUUUUUAAAUCGGAAGAUUGAUUUGUUUUUCUAAUUGCCAGUUUUCUGAACUGGGUUCUUUCUUCUCUUGUUUUCUGUCAUCACUUGUCAUAAAAAUUAAGUAGCUGGAAUUUAAUUUACAGUUUUGUUUAAAAUGUGUAAGGCAGAAUAGAAUCCAGCUGGCUUUCCUAUCACUCAUGUUGCCUCUGUAGGCCAAACAACAGUAAAAAGCAUUUUUUUAAGAGUGGAUAGUAAGGCUUUAAUUUCUUUUUCUGUUGUGUGUAGGGAAAAACUUCCUGACUCUCUCUCAAAUGGAGGGAUUCUGACUUUUUUAGAUGAGUUUAGGGGGAGAUUUAUUUUGAAUUUCUUUUUGGAAACCUGUCUGUCCAAACUAAUGGGUUUAGAUCUCAAUUUUACUGAUGGUGAUAGUUAUUUGCUUUCGAAGCUGAAAGAACCUCAAAUUAAAUUUUGAUACUAAAUAUUAAGCAAUUUGCUUCCUCUAAUGUUGGCUUUUAUCUAGUCAUCUGAGUAUAGUAUACGUGUUUGGCACUUUAGGAUAUGUCUACACUGCAAAGUGAAGAUAUGACUGUAGCACAGGUAGGCAUAUGUGUUAGCUUUUAUCUAGCCAGCAUGGG